AUGGCAGGGUCCGCUUUUGGAGGUGGGAAAAAGCGACCGGGCGCCCGAAUGUCGGUCGGAGACACGAUAAUGAGAAGAGCGAACAAACGGCGGCGGGGCGCCGAGAGCACAGCAGGCAGCUCAACCAGCUACUGCCGCGCCGGGAACAACGGCGGCCAAGGACGGCGCCGGGCGCCCACUGGCCGACCGCCGCAGCACCAGCCGCAGCACGACCUCAAGGAGGGAGGCGGCGGCGGCGGCGACCCGCGGCUGGGACCGCUGUGCGACCUGCCGCCCCCGCAGCCUCCACAGCCGCCACCCCCGCCGCCCCCGGGCCUGUCGCAGCCCGGGCAGGCGCCGCCCCCGGGCAGUGGCGCGCCCACCGCCUCCGACGGCGAGAAGCCCGCCAAACAGAAGCGCCACCGCACGCGCUUCACGCCGGCGCAGCUCAACGAGCUCGAGCGCUGCUUCUCCAAGACUCACUACCCCGACAUCUUCAUGCGCGAGGAGAUCGCCAUGCGCAUCGGGCUCACCGAGUCCAGGGUGCAGACCGUACUCGCCGACACCGCCGCUAACCGCGCCGGCACGGCGAUGGGGAACCUGACAGCACUGUGCGCGCCCGGCCGACACGCGCUGCGGACGUCCGGAUAG